AUGGCGCCGGCACCUGCUGCCCGACAGGCAAAUGGCUUCGAGCCGCCUCCGUCGUCUAUCUUGGCUACUCACGUUGUUCAUGGACAAGGCGUUCCGGAUUUGGACCGACACCAUUUCAAUCAACUGCUGACAGAAGUGCUGGGCUCAGACGGAGACGGCCAGCCAAGUCUGGGUGACGAUGUCUCCGUCAAUCACAAACUCAUCUGUGUCAUCCUUCAGGUCGGCAUCGAACCAGCCCUGGAAGAAACUCCCUUUCGAACCGCAGCUGCUUCAGGUAAGGCGGAUGCUCAGUUGACACGAUGCCUCGCAGUCCUUCGAGUGGCAAUCGAGAGGUCACCUCAAGUUCUCUAUGUCAAAUCGGAUCCUCCAGGCAAGGAUGUGGCUGGGCCAGCAUGCGCACUUUACUACUGGCUGAUCCCUAGACUACUACCACUCAUCUCUUCAUGCCAGAAUGUGGCGGCUCGAGAUGCCGUCCUCGAUGUCUUCACUGCCAUGCUUGAAGCCGACAGAUAUGGUCUGGUCAAGAUUGCAGCCUCCCUCCCUAUGCAGCAUCCUCGCAAAGCGAUCAUCGUUGCUCCUGAGGACUUUGCUGCUGCCGUGUCCGACAUUACCCGUGGGGCCUCUGCCACCAUCCCGAGUCUCCAAUUUCCCUCUCUUUGCCAACUCUCUAUGACCCUAUCACGUGUGUUGAAGGUCAUUUCCAAGUAUGCCGAAUCUGCACAGAGCAGAGUACAGUUCUGGAAAGUACUCACCCGCUUUCAGCACUUUGUCGACGACUAUAAUGAUCUCAUAGCUGAAGACGAUCGAUCCGAAGAGUUGUCACACGAGAUCCACGGCUUGAGCGUCAUUCCUCGUCGAUCCCCUCCACAGCCAGCCGGUGAGAAGAAUGCAGAGGCAUGGCCUGAGAGUGAAAGGGCCCGUAAACGACCUCGACUCUCCACGGAUACCGAGGAAGGGUUGCCCAAUCAGACUCUGCAAUCGGUCAUCUGCCGCCGGCUCACCUUGAAGUUGACUGGCCGCGCUGUGCCUGACCUUGACGGACUGAGCGAUACCGCCGCCAGCAAUUUCCGGCGGCUGCCCGAAGAUGAGCAGUGCGCUGCCCUUGAACUCUUGGGCACAACUGCGUGCCAACUGGCCAUGCAAUCGCCGGAAGGCCAUUGCCAAAUAUGUGAUCCAGAAGUCGAAUCAGCAACCACAUCCAACAUUUCGGCUGCAGCUACGAAGGACGAGUUGCUCAAAACCUUGGUCGUCCUCGUUCAGAACAUCUCGCGGCAGUCAAGAGCUCGAAUUGCUGCCAUGGUAGCACUUCGUCGCAUCCUGAUGCACACGGAUUUAGCGUCAGACUUGAAACUUGGUCAGACACCUGCCGGCGACUGGUGCCUUCAAUCGCUCAAAAGCUCGUCUAGAGACCUUCGGAUUGCGGCAACGAGAACACUACAAGCCUACUUGGUCAGGAGAAACGGUGUCGAUAUUUUCCUGACCCGCGAAAACCGAAUCACCGCGCUGGACUUUCUCCAGACCCUUUGGCAGAAAGGCGAGGUUGCUGUGCAGGAGGCUACGGUCAUGGCACUCGUUGGGAUGGCCCCGGUUGUUGGCGAUGAAGAAUUGAACAUCAUCCUCGUCAGGUUGGUAGAGUAUCUGGGCCACAGCAACCUUUACCUUAGCGGAGUGGUGUACGCAGAGAUCCAGCACCUGGCCAUGUCUAUGCAUAUGUCGGUGUGGCUACUCUUCCGCCCUUUCUGGCGCACUCUGGGUGUGGUCCUGGCCAAAUCACUGACGAACCGGCCAAAUGUCGCCAACCAAUUGUGUGAUCUUCUGGGAAUGGAUAUGACAGGACUGAUGGGCCAUACUGCCGAAUAUGCUCUUCCUUACCUCGUCCUACACAAGGAAACCGAGGCCAUUAGACGGUUCGCCGAGGCAAAUGGUUCCUCAACCACCCCGUUCGACCUUUGCACGCGAGGGACGAAUCUGAUAGCCAUUCUGUCGUUUCUACUGGUGCAGCCAUUUUCCGAUGCCGAACAAUCCAUCAUCUCACUACUGUCAGAAGUCUCGGAGGAUUUUCGAAAGACUGACCUCGCCAACUGGGUUGCCCUGUAUCCAAUCCACAUCACCUGCGAAUUACUCAAAGCCAUCGGCGACAGUGGACAGGGCAAGUCCUCCCGCGUCUAUCAUGCUUUGCAGCUCCUGGCGCAGUUGGUCGCUCGUCAGCGUGGGCAGUCUGCCGGCUCGAAGCGCAGUGACAGCAUUGGGUCCUUCCUGGAGAUUAAUGCUCUCGCAAUCUUGACCCAUUAUACUGUCCUGUUAAAUGAUUUAGAAGCUAAAGAGUCCAAGGUGGACAAACGAAGGUGCAUUGUUGCUCUAGGUGAAAUGGUUAAGCUGGGGAAGAGUCGUGUUGCACGCGCCUUGCCCCAGAUUUGUGCAUGCCUGAGGUCCGGCCUUGACGACAGGGAUCUCUGCAACGCCGCAUUCAGCUCCUGGGUGGCCAUGAUCAGAUCGCUGAGGAAGGAGGACUUGGAGCCGCUCAUUGACCAGACGUUGGCCAUCAUCGUCCGGGCUUGGGGUAUGCUGGACAGUGCUUCGCAGCAGCAGGCCCACGAUGUGGUUGGCGACAUGUUGCGGAAUCAUACUGACCUGGUACGGGAGCACUUCAGCACCAUGCCAUCCCUGGCAUCCAUCCCACUGAUGGCCAAGUAUGAGACGGAAAUCGGGACCUUGAAACGCCAGAUGGACGAGCGGCAUCAACUGAUCGCAUACAUCAAGAGGCUCCAGGACGAGAACCUGGUUGUGGUCCAACAGGCAUUGAGCGAAUUGCCGCCACUGCUGGCGCAGAAGCAAGACUUGCUACAACGCUCGAUCCUUCGAGAGCAACCAGAUGACUUUGUCGCCGAUUUGACCCGUGCCUUACUUGACUGUUGCGUCAAAUUCAAUACUAGCACCGAAGUCACCAGACUGUGUGGCCAGUGUCUGGGACGCAUAGGUUGUCUGGACUCUAGAAAGAUUGAAAGUGUCAGAGAACGGAAAUCAAUGGUGGUGCUGUCGAAUUUUGGAAAAGCGGACGAGGUCAUCGAGUGGAUCUUUUUUUUUCUCGAACAUGUCCUAGUCAAGGCAUUCUUGUCGACCACCACAACACGAGCACAGGGCUUCCUCGCCUGGGCCAUGCAGGAGUAUCUCAAGACUUGCGAGCAGGACUACCCGGCUCGACCUGGCGAAGGUAAUCUCGCUUCCCGCCUUUGGGAGCGGUUGCCCGAGUCCGUGCAGAAUACAGUCACGCCGUUCUUGAGCUCGAAAUACAUGGUCCAGGAGAUCCGCCCACCUGAGAAGAGUCACUACCCCAUAUAUCGGCCCGGGAUGAGACAUCGGGACUGGCUUCGGACCAUUACCCUGGACUUUCUCCAUCGGGGCUCCGGGGACAAUGUUGACAUGAUGUUUGGAAUAGCUCGGCGCAUCAUCCACGGCCAAGACACCUCCAUCCCCUCCUUUCUCUUGCCGUACGCCGUAGUCAAUCUCAUUGUCAGCGGCAUCGAGCGUGACAGUCAGGAUAUCCUGGAGGAGAUCACGUCAAUUCUCAGCUUGCCGCUGGAUGGCCAGGAACAUCGGAUCCAGGACGACAUUAAAUUAUGCAGUCAGACCGUCUUUGAGAUCUUGGAUUAUGUUUCUACCUGGCAUCAACAAAAGCGAAAACAAUACGCGAUGGGCGUCGCCAAAUCGGACCUCGGCCAGAACGAUCCAAUGCUGGAGAAUGCGGCCGCACAGAUCCGCAGCAUCGAACGGGUGCUGGAACAGAUCCCCCCUGACGUCUUAGCGAGACGGGCACUGGAAUGCAAAUCUUAUUCUCGCGCUCUUUUCCACUGGGAACAGCACAUCCGCAAGUCGAAGGCCGACGACAUUGAGGCGGAGCUUCAGCGGAUGCAAGACAUAUAUGCUCAGAUCGACGAACCCGACGGCAUCGAGGGCAUCUCUUCCCGCAUGCAUGUCCUCGACAUUGAACAACAAGUUCUGGAACACAAGAAAGCAGGUCGGUGGACGACGGCGCAGAACUGGUACGAAAUGCAACUCCUGGCCGAUCCCGACAAUAGCGACGUGCAAAAGAACCUGAUGGAUUGCCUCAAAGAAUCCGGCCAAUAUGAUGUGCUGCUCCACCACUUUGAUGGCAUCAAAAGCCGAGGCACUGUCUCUUCCACUAUACUUGCACCUUACGCCCUGGAGGCUGCCUGGGGCACUAGUCAAUGGGAUCGCCUGGGCAGCUACGUCCCCAAAAACGGGGGGUACGACUUUGCUUCUUGUCUCGCCGAGAUGAUGCUGGCCGUGAAGGACAACGACACUGCAAAGGCCACCCAGCUUUUCGAGGAGCUGUACGCCAAGUCGGCAUCAGGGUUGACUUCGGCCACCGUCACGUCGUUCGAGGCCAGCCACGACACGCUGCUGAAACUACACGUCCUCAACGAUGUUCAGCUUAUCGUCUCGACUGCUGCCAAAGAAAACCGCUUGCCCGUCCUGGACACCUUGCGAGGCCGUCUUGACGUUCUGGGCUCGAACGUGGCCGACAAGCAGUAUCUCCUGGGCGUCCGGCGGGCUUUGAUCUCCCUGCGACAAGAUGUCUUCGGCCCGGGCGACAUUGCGGCUGCUUGGCUCUCCAGUGCCAGGCUGGCACGCAAGGCCCGAUCAACCACGCAAGCUUUCAAUGCCGUGCUCAAAGCGUCGGCACUGGGGGACAAGUCUGCGGCGAUUGAACAGGCCAAACUCAUGUGGCUGGAGGGACACCAUAGAAAGGCCAUUCAGGUCCUAGAGGGGGCGAUUGAAUCUGGCGCAUUUAUCGCCCACGACUACGUGUCCGAACAUGGAUCCGUCGCGAUGACCGUCGAACAACGUCAUUCUCAAAACCAGAACGAGCUCACAGCCAAGGCACAUGUGUUGCUAGGGAAAUGGCUUGACCAAGCCGGUCAGACUCAAUCGGAAGUCAUUCGAAAGACGUUUCGCAAGGCUACCGAAAGCUUCCGGCGCUGGGAGAAAGGCUGGUAUAACCUUGGUCGAUACUACAACAAGAUCCUGGACUCGGAAAAGCUGAUGCCGCCCGGCAAGGAAAACCAAGCCUACCUGACCGGCGAGACGGCCAAACUCGUGAUUGAGAACUAUCUAAAAUCACUCACGAACGGCAGCAAAUACGUAUUCCAGACCCUGCCAAAGAUUCUGACGCUCUGGCUCGAACUCGUGGAGACGGCGGACCUGCCCAAAGACCCGCGACGCGGCAACGAGCAGUUCCACGCGCACAAUUCGGCACAACGGAGACGGGUCAUCGACGAUACGAACGCCCAGAUCAAGAAGUACAUCGACCGACUCCAACCAGUCCUGCUCUACACGAUUCUGCCACAAGUAGUUGCGCGGAUUUGCCACGGGAACAAGACCAUCGCCGACAUUCUCGGAAGCAUCGUCAUCAAGGUUGUCCGAGCAUUCCCUCAACAGGCAUUCUGGACACUGUUGGCGGUGGUAGAGUCACAACAGAAGGACCGGGCGAUCCGAGGAGUGAACCUGGUCAACAAGAUGGUUGAAAUGGAGAAAAGGUCGUCCAAACACGGGGCGGCCGGUGCCACCGAGCUCAGGAACUUGUAUUCCAGCGGCCAGAAGUUUGUCAAAGAACUGCUCCGCAUCUCCGAAUUCACCAUCGAGGGGAAGGUGUCCAGGGUGAGCUUGGCCAAGCAAAUGGGAUUCAACCACAAGAUCGCACCCUCCAAACUGGUGGUGCCAAACCAAGCCUCUCUGGUACCCAGCAUGCCGACCAACUUCGAGUCGGCCCAGCUGAAGGCGUUCCGCCCGUUUGCCAAAGAACCAGUGACCAUCUCGGGAUUCUCCGACGAGGCUCUCGUGCUCUCGUCUCUCCAGAAACCACGGAGACUGACGAUCCGGGGAUCGGAUGGCAACAUGUACAACGUGCUUGCCAAACCCAAAGACGACCUACGCAAGGAUCAGCGACUGAUGGAGUUCAACACCAUGAUCAACCGAGUUCUCAAGCGCGACGUCGAGGCGGCCAAACGGCGACUGUACAUCCGGACGUACGCGGUCAUCCCUUUGAAUGAAGAAUGCGGACUCAUCGAAUGGGUGGACAACCUCAAGACGUUCCGCGACAUCAUCCUCAAGCUGUACAGAGACAAGUCGAUCCAUCCCAACUACAUCGAGAUCCGCACCCUGCUCGACGAGUCGUGCUCAGGCGAUCCUCAGAAGGUCGAUAUCUUCCCGACCAAGGUGCUCAGCAAGUUCCCCCCGGUCUUCCACGAGUGGUUUGCCGAGAGCUUCCCAGACCCGUCGGCCUGGUUCAACGCUCGGCUGCGCUACACGCGGUCCGCGGCGGUCAUGUCGAUCGUGGGCCACGUCCUGGGCCUGGGCGACCGGCACGGCGAGAACAUCCUGUUCGAAGAGGACAACGGCGGCACGCUGCACGUCGACUUCAACUGCCUGUUCGACAAGGGCCUGACCUUUGAGAAGCCCGAGCUGGUGCCGUUCCGCCUGACGCACAACAUGGUCGACGCCAUGGGCGUCUACGGCUGCGAGGGUCCGUUCCGCCGCUGCUGCGAGAUCACCCUCACCCUGCUCCGGUCGAACGAGGACGCGCUGAUGACCAUCCUCGAGACCUUCCUGCACGACCCCACCACCGACUUCAUCAACGUCGCCGGCCGCAAGAAGAAACUGGUCAACGGCGUGCCCAGCACCCCUGUCGAAGUCCUCGACGGCGUCAGAGCAAAGGUCCGCGGCAUGCUGCCUGGGGAAAGCGUGCCCUUGAGUGUGGGCGGCUACGUCGACGAACAGAUCAAGCGCGCCACAGACAUGGCCAAUCUGUGCAGGAUGUAUAUUGGCUGGUGUGCGUUUUUCUAA